CUCAUAUAUAUUAUGUAUAUAGAAUAAUAUUGUAUUAUAUAUGUCAUAUAAUCUAAAACCAACGAAGUAACAAGUAGGUGUUUUGCAAGAGCUAAGCUAGCUAGCUAGAUAGUGAGCAAAAAAAUGGGGUGUGCAAUUUCCGUGUAUAGAGUUGGAGGCAAUAAUAAUAAUAAUAAAAAGCCGAUGAAGAUCCCUUUAGUAACCAUACUAGUUCCUUCUUCUAUUCGUGUUCCUACGAAUACUAAUAUUUCAAAAUCACUUAAAGGCCUUGUUCCUAAAGAUCUCGUUGAUCGUCUAACAUCUUUUAGAAGUCAAAUCGGUCUUCUAGCCCAACAAACUGAUAUUGCAGAUGUAUCAGCUGUCCCUGAAUUGCUUCGUGCAUUGGAGGAAUAUCUGCCUUUGUUCGUUGGCCUCACUGAUCAAGAGCUUGGCUUUAGAGAACUCAUUGAAUUCAAAUGGAAAAGUAUAGACGAUGGACGACAAGAAGUAUGUGUUGCGGAUUCAUGGUUUGAAUUACUAUCUGUUGUUCAUAUGAUGGCUAUGUUGACCUUAAUGGAGGCAAAUUCAAAGUUGAUUCCUGAUCAAACUGUUUCCACUGAAACAGUCGAAUCUACAGAUAACAUAAGGUGUGCAGUGGACUUAUUGGUAAAAGCAGCCGGGUACUUGCAAUUCUGUCUUCGGGAAAUUCUUGUCCAAAUUCCACCUCAUAUAAGGAUGAAGCUACCUGUAGAUUUGCAGGAGAAUGUGAUAGAGGCUGCUUAUAUUCAAGCACUCGGGCAGGGAACGGAAAUGCAGCUUGCUUCAGCAGUUGAAAGUAAAAAUGCCACUUUAUCCGUUAAGAGAAGACUAGCAUGUGAGCAAUUAAGUUAUUUCGGACAGGCUCAUUACUGCUUGUCAACGUGUGAGAACCUUAAUGGAUAUGGAAAGAAACAUUUGUCAUUCAUCAAAUGGAAGUACCUUGAAGCAAAGGCUGCAGCAUAUUAUUACCAUGGUCUGAUCACAGACAAGGGUACCGAACCAUCCUGCCAUAUCAGUGCAGUUUGUUGUUUUCUAGCAGCUGAAGAGAUUCUAACAGAGAGCAAGAAGGCCUGCUUAAACUUUUGCCUAGCACUUCCCAUAACAAGGGCUCCGGCUGCAUGGGGUGCCAUGAAGCAUUUAAAUAAGAAAAUUCCAGAAACUGCAGCUAAAAAGUCUCAGAUGUAUGCUUACCUUUUAGAGGAAGAAAAGAGUUUGGAUGUGUUACCGGACCUGCCUGAGUUUGAGUUGUCAUUAAAAGCAGACGAGUAUAAAUUGCCAGAUAAAGAUGCAUCAUGGGAGAAUGACAAAUGGAUAAUACCUAAUCAGACACUUAAAACUCACUUAACAGACGAUGAAGAAGAUGACAACUGAGGCUAGCAAUAAUGGUGUUGGUUGUUUAUCUUUCCUUUUUUUUUAUAAAGAAUGCAGAGUGUUCUGUAUAGAAUUGAAAGAAGAUAUUUUGAAACACAUUAUUAAUUAAUAGUGUAUGAUUCAUAUGGGGUUUCUAAUGUAAUGGGCUCCUAUUUUGGUUCA